AUGGCAGUACUAUGUGCUGUCGGUGGGAUUGCUGGUUACGUUUCUAAAAAAUCGGUACCCUCCAUAGUGUCAGGUGUAGGUAUCGGUAUGGGAUAUGCCGUUGGCGGUUAUUUAAUUCAAAAAAAUAAAAAUUACGGUUAUGAAACUGCUUUCGGGAUUAUGGUUCCUCGGAUGAUUAAACAUGGUAGACCUAUUCCUUUAUCAUUAAGCAUAUUAUCCGUUGGUAUUGGCACCUAUUAUGGUAAAGUAGUUUACGAUAAUAUGGUAUACGUUAAUAAGAACAGCGAUACUGUUGAUGAUACAAAGAAUGACUAG